GGCCCCAGGAGAGGCGGUGGGGCGUUUGGUCGUCACUGCCCUUGUACCUUCCGGGUUUUGCCUUCAACGCGGCGGGGGUAGAAAUGAGGAGAAAUUUCCGUCGAGGCAAGGAGAGGCGUGGAUGGAGCAGCAACAAGCGCAGCCACCACCCCCACCGACACGAGAGACCCAGCCACAGCCACCGCAACGAAAGUCUGGAACAGAAGGAACCACAGACCCCAGUGAAUGCAGGCCCCAGCAGCAGUGAAGAUCCUUCUUCAUCCAGUUCAACACAGAACUCUGCAGCGCCAGAACUGCCGGGGUUUUAUUAUGACUCAGAAAAGAACCGCUAUUUUCGCCUAUUGCCUGGACAUAAUAACCACAACCCACUCACCAAGGACAGCAUUGAGCACAAGGCAAUGGAGUGCAAAAGACUGAGACUCUUAGAAGAAGAACAAAAGCAGAAAACAACAAGGGCUGGACUGAACUCAUCUUUGCUGUUACAGAAAAGGCAGCUGGGUUUGCUCAGCUCCACAAGUUAUUGCAGGCUAGUCCAUGAACUAAAAGUGAACUGCAUGCAGAGGAGGAAGAUAGAAAUUCACAGUCCGGAUUCCUCAGUUGCUGGAACCAACAAUUUUAAAAUCAUUGUGGCAGAUGUUGCUUGUGAACGAAUAUUCACUGUGAACGAUGUAGAGCAUGGAGGAUGUAAAUAUGGUAUCAUCAAUCUCAGCGGUUUGGGGAAGGAGUCUCUCACUGUGGAGAUGUAUGACAACCUCUACUUCACAAACCGCAAAGUGAAUUCUGUGUGCUGGGCAUCAUUGACUCAUCCAGAUUCUCAUGUUUUGCUGUGUCUCAUGGGAAUUGCAGAAACACCAGGCUGUGCCAGUCUGCUUCCAGCAUCAUUGUUCAGCAGCACUAACCCAGGAGAUCGACCUGGAAUGCUGUGCAGUUUCAAGAUAUCCACUGCCUGGUCCUGUGCUUGGUGCCUGAAUCCCCARGCAGACAACUGCUUUAGCACAGGUCUGACACGACGAGUUCUUGUGACCAAUGUAGUGACAGGGCAUCGACAGACAUUUGGAACCAGCAGUGAUGUACUGGCACAGCAGUUUGCCACACAGACCCCAGUGCUGUACAAUGGCUGCCGUUCAGGUGAGAUUUUCAGCAUUGAUGUGCGCCAACGGAACCGAAAGGGGCAGAGCUGGAAAGCAACUCGUCUCUUCCAUGGCUCAGCAGUUACAUCUAUUCACCUUAUGGAGGCUGAACAUUAUCUUAUGGCAGCAGAUAUGGCUGGAAAGAUAAAACUGUGGGACCUGAGAACAGCCAAGUGUGUGAAACAGUACAAAGGUCAUCACAAUGAAUAUGCUCUUCUCCCUUUGCAUGUAAAUGAGGAGGAAGGACUUCUUAUAGCAGUUGGUCAAGAUUGCUACACCAGAAUUUGGAGUCUCCAAGAUGCUCGUCUGCUUAGAACCAUCCCCUCUCCCCACCCAUCAUCCAAAGAUGCCAUUCCUAGUGUGGUGUUUUCUUCAAGACUUGGGGGUAGCCGAGGAGUUCCUGGCUUACUCAUGGCUGUCAAACAGGAUCUCUACCACUUCUCCUACAACUGACAUAUUCUCCUGAGACCUGGUCUACAAAACUGCCAAUCUAUAUGUGACUUCAAAAUCUUUACACCAGUCACCAAGCUGUUGACUCAUUAUGUGCUGCUGUUGCAUCUGCUUUGCCCAUCUAACUGUGAACCUCCUUUGGCAGGUUCAGCCAAUUUUGCUGUAUACAUCUCAGACCUCUUGUAAAUAAAAGCUGAACACUGAUUAACUAUAAGCAAGAUUCAGACUCUGAAAUCUAGCUGUAAGCCUGCCAAGCUGGUAACUUAAAGAGCCUCUGUUGUGCUAGCUGAAUUUGCUGUCAAAAGUAGGCAGGCCCAGCAGAGUGAAGCAGUGAUGUUGAGAAGCUGACACUAAAGUCUUCUGGGGCUUUGUUUGGAGGAGCUUCGGUCACGGUUCCUGCUUCAACUGCCACUGUUCCACCUACGGUUGUAAGCAGUGCAAGGAAUGGCUGUUUUUCUUACCCAUGCUACAUUUGCUGGGUCACACUAAACUUUGGCCCUUUCAGGUGAUGUUAGCAUGCUACUACACCGUUGCCAUCCUCUUUAAAAGCCCCUUUUCUGGCCCAGUAGAGAAGCUGAAAGCCCCUGUUAAUUAUGAUAGUGUUUCCUAACCAAGUCCACAUCCCUACCAUGGAGUUUGGUCAGGAGUCUGGAAGGGUGGGCUUGCUCAUGCAGCCAUAGCAGGACACAAGCAGGACCCCAGYUGUACAGACCACAUCUUUGGGAUAUGUGAUCACCCAUGCAAAGUCAGGCCUUUUGCAUACAGAGCUACAAUUGGACCCUCGGCAGCAAAGUUGUAGCACCAGUACAACUCACAGUAACUGGAUUGUACCAUGUUUGUAUUUGAGAUCAAGUACUAUCCAUGGAGCCUCSUUACCUCCACCUCCUGCCUGGUAACCAGUCUGGCUUGGGCAAGACCAUCCUGCUCUCACUAUCUGUAGGAAGCACGGACCAGAUCAGGAACCUUUGAGAUCUAAGAUGGGCUUUACAGGAAAGGCACACUCACUGCACUCAAAUUUUCCAAGAUUCUUAUUAAAGGAGUGCCAGAACCAACUUUUCAUCCUGGCAUCCAUUUAGAUGCUUUUCAAUUUGAGAAAAUACUCUGCAAUUUGUCUUGAUCAGUUAUGUUAAUCUUGGAUUCUGUUUUCUGUUGCAUGCACAAUGAUAAAUGCACACAGCACAACUUUCGAGAGCAUUUGCAUUGCCUUAGCUAAUAAUGCAUACUGCMACUAAGCAUCUGUUCAGAAAGCAGAAGUGUACAUAACCCCAUCCCACUGCAAAGUCCUAAUACUACAUCUGAUAAUSAACUCAGAGUUGCAAUACACCUGAUACUGAUCUUGCUGGUAAAUGUGUAGUUCAAAUAUUUUCAGGUAAUGACUUAGAAAAAUCAUGAACUCCCUUAAAGCAGAAUUAAUUCCAACAUUUAAAUUAGAAUUUAAACUUUUUUUCAGUGCUCUUAAUACCAGUACUACCCAUUCUGCAAGAACAAGAAAGACAUUGCAACAAUUACGUCUAAUUGCCGUGGGAAACACAAACUAAGAAUUGUGGCAGAAAGGCAUCUUACAUAACUGAAGAUAGUUUCUUCUCUUUGUUCCUUUUAGGGAAAACAUGGAAAACAAAAUAAUUUCCUUUCUGUUGUUUGCAGGAAGCAAAUGCCACACACAUAUCCCUGCAAACCCUUGCAGCCAWCACCUCUAAUUAAGCCUGCAAAAGCACUAAAAAAGGAGAGGAGAAGCAGGGCAGGAAGAGAGGCAAUUUGGCUGCAAUGACUAACAGCAAGCAGUUUACAGGCAGCAGCUAAAAUGUAUUAAAUCAUCUCUUUAUUAUGCAGCAACAGCAGGACCUUAAAGCAGUUAAAUAGGAACUGCAGCACUCUUCCUCUCUGCUGAAGUAUCAAAACACAGUAUUUCUUUGCCUCAGCUUCUCAGCAAGCACUGAACUAGUGGGAAACCUCAGAAAGGUCAGCCCUGUACUUCAAGACAGCUUGCAGCAUCCCUCAUCCAGCAGACACAAUAACCUUGGUCCGUUUGGGUCCCAUGGCACAGCGCAGACCACCAGGCUCAGCAGCCAAACUGCCAGUGCCUCCCAUCAACACAACUUGCAGAAGCCGCAGUCUCACCCUUGYUCUGUUCCAUGUCCCCUGCUGCUCUCAUCUCUCAACUCUCUUAAUAAAGCUCUUUAAAUAUAAGCCCCUUUAGAUCACUUAAGGUUCUUAGAUAUAACAGGUAGAAAAAAUUCAAUUUUAACUUGAAAUUUGUAACACAUGGAGGGGAUUUGCUUCUGGGUCUUCUGUGGUGGUGUUGGUCAUGUCUUUCUGUUGGUCUCAAUUUAUUGCAGUAAUUCAUAGUCAUUUCUCCUCUUUUAAUGAAUACUGGAACUAAGAGGUUAAAAAAUUUAUUUACUAGUCACAAAUUCGCACUGCCAUUUUGGCAUUUUUGGACCUAUUCUAACAGGACUAGAAAAUGAAGCAUUUGUUGUGAGAAAGGGAGAAUUCAAACCSAACUAUGUAUAUAGUCUCAAGGUAUCCCCUUACAAAAGUUGCUUUCAGAAAAGUUAUAAUCUGGCAGUGGAGAAUUCAGCUUUGGUCCCCAAACCUUCAGUCACUAGUGGCUGCUUGCAUCUAUUCUAUAUACUACAUAUACUGUGAGCUGAAUCCAGCAGCCAACACCACCACCAACCCAAAGUACCUUCUAGACAGGUAUUCUGGGGUGAGGGCCUGGGGGCUGAGAGAUGCAUGACCCAACUGUUUACAGCACUUUACAAAUCAGUUUAAAGUUUCAAAAAKGGAAACUAAGGCACAAAGUUGAUUACCCUUUUUAGGUAACAUCAAAAUAAGCAAGAUCACSUGCCUUUUCUUGUUCAAACUUCUUUCCUAUUUGCACUUCCUUUUAUAUCAUGGUAGCUGUGAAGCACUCCAAUGCCUUCCUGACAUCACCAUCAUACAUAUGCUAUUGCKUCUCUCCAGUGCUGCUGGAAAAUUGCCUUUUAAGCAGAAAGAUUUAACCUGUUUUUUUAAAGUGUUAGAAAUCUGUGUAUUUCAAAAUCUCCAGGCAUUCUUGAAAUUAGAAUUUCUUUAAUGUUACAAUUAAAACAUUUCCUACAUAAGGACUGUCACAUAUAUAUAUGUAUAUAUAUGUAAAUUACUUAAUUACUUUUUUGCUUGAGUUAUAGCCAACAAAAGUGAAGUUAAAAAGCUGAAAGCACUUUAAUUUUGGCUUGUAAUAACUAGCUGCCAUUCUACCUUAGUUUUGUCUUUGUCACAUUAUACUGCUGAUUUUGAAAGCCCUCAUAGCAAGUUUUUAUUUAUUUUGGCAUUGACAUGAUUUCAUUGUUGAUGUACCUGCAUUACCAAACAGACACAUUUGACGACAUAGUAUGUGUGCUGUGACUGACAGAAUAUAUAUGUCAACAUUGCUUUGCCAUGAAAGAGUGCCCAGUUGGGGAUGGAAAUGAAACCUGGAUGACAAAAAGCAGACAGUUCUAUCACUCGUCCAGAUCAUUUCUGUUCUCAAAUUACUGGCAGGCAAAGACAUAUUUGUUGGUGCCAAAUUAUAUUACAGCCAYCAGUGAUAAUUAAAUGCAAAGACGAUGCCACAAAUGUGGCAUUACAGUGACUGACAAUGUCAGUUGACAAAUGAAACACRAAAAUGAGAGGCUGCCAAAAUAAAAUUGUAUUAGUAUUUAAACCUAAUUGGACUGGUUAUGCUAAAAGCAAAAAUACGGAGAACAAAGUAUAUAACCAGGUGGGAAGCCAGAGUGCUGCAAUAUUAAAGCCCAGGCUCCCAAAGCAGCAGGGACAUUUGUGAAUGUCUCAGCACUCACAGCAGACACCUGGCAUAAAUGCAAGGCAGAUCUAACUUAAUGUGGUGUUUAUUUCCACAAAUAAGCUCUUGUUGACAUCAAAAGCUGGCAAGGGUUGUCUUGUUUACCAGAACACAGCCAAAGGUCCAAUUCACAAGGGACACAGAAACAUACAGGAUACCUUGGCCAACUUCAGUUUUUGCAACUUCACCUGCAAGGAACUGGGCAGGAGAACGAAUGAACAGGAAAAUCAWUGCAGGGGGUGGAAGUGGGGGAGGGCAGGGAAUGAAAGACAGCAGUUUUUCUUGUGCAAGUAACUCCACCUUGGAGCCUGUUCCUACCCUGACAAUAACUACAUGUUGCAGCCAUGCUGUUCCUCCAUCUGUCCCCUGGCUGCAAGUUUCAGGUGCAAUGUGCAUUUAGUAUAUAUUUAAGCCAAGAAUGGCCUACAGGGUUUGGCUAGGGAGUCUAACUGAAAGUGCCCACAUCUAUUUGACACUCACAUGUAUCUGCUUCAUAGAAUGAGAGGGAAACCCACAUCACCUAUCUGAAGAUGAAUCUUCAUGCUGAAUU